AUGACUGUACACAGGAACGCAGGACUGGUCUAUCCAUGUUUAGGAGUGCAUCCAGUGCAAGCUGAAACCUUGGAGAAAGAACGCAGUGCCACCCUUCAGGACUUAGAAGAAGCUUUGCCUUUAAUUGAACUGUACAAGGAUGAGUUGGUGGCUAUCGGUGAGGUUGGCCUGGAUUUCACUCCCAGAAUCGCCAGCACAGAUGACCAGAAGGAAGAACAGCGUCAGGUGUUCAUCAGACAGAUAGAACUUGCCAGACACCUAGGACUACCCCUAAAUGUUCACUCCCGAUCAGCAGGAAGGCCAACUAUAAACCUUUUGAAGGAACAAGGCGCUGAAAAGGUUCUGCUUCAUGCGUUUGAUGGAAAGCCUUCAGUGGCAAUGGAAGGUGUGAAAGCUGGGUAUUUUUUUUCCAUCCCGCCAUCCAUCAUCAGAAGUGAACAGAAGCAGAAACUAGUGAAACAACUACCUCUGGAAAACAUGUGUCUGGAAACUGACUCCCCAGCUCUGGGACCACAAAAACAGGUCAGAAAUGAGCCAAAAAAUAUUACAUUUUCUGCUGAAUACAUCGCUAAAAUCAAAGGGAUCUCUCUGGAAGAAGUGAUUGAAGUAACUACAAAGAACGCCAUCAAACUAUUCCCCAAACUGAGACAAGCUGUUCACAAAAAUAAAGAAAUGUUUUAUAGAUAUUGGACAGUGUUUUGUGUUCACAGCUGCUUGUUAUAG